GUGUCAACAUUUUAUUAUUCUUGUUGAUGCCGGUGGCUAAGCCUGGAUUUUUCGAGAAUACAUAAAAACGAGUCUAUUUAUAUUAUAAGAAAAAAUAAAUAAAAAGUAUAGUUAUUAUUUACUGCCUACACGUAAGUCUAAGAUAGCAUCACAAUGCCGCAAGCUCGGCGUAAGACACCCUUCAGCGGGAAGGCUAAGAAGCAGCAGUUGCAAGAAAAGAAGCAGAAUAAGACCUUGCUUAUGACCACAUCAUCGGGUACGAAUUCCUAUGACGUGGUAUCAGUCAACUACCAACCGAACCGUUCGAGGGGUCGCGGUGAUGCGAACAGAUACGCCCUCAAGUUCUACCGAGAGACGGAUGAGGAACUCAAGAUGAAGAAAGAGGAUGCUUUGAAAUCUCUGAACGUGGUAUCUGAGAAAGAGAUGGAAAUAGAUCCGACAGACUAUUUCCCCAAGGAGUUAUCAUUCCCAAAGCGACCUCCAUGGGACUUCAGCAUGACUCCAGCUGCGCUUGACGCUCAGGAGCAGAAGUAUUUCAGAGAGUACAUCCAAGCACUGCAGGCGACCCCGUACUGGAACGAUAUGUCCUAUUUCGAGCUAAACCUGGAAACUUGGAGGCAGCUGUGGCGUGUGCUGGAGAUGUGUGACAUUCUGUUGCUUAUCGUUGAUGUCAGAUUUGCGGGUAUGAUGUUUCCCCCAUCUCUCUACGAGUACGUCGUGAACGAUCAGAAGAAGAAUAUGAUAUUAGUCUUGAAUAAGAUAGAUCUCGUCCCAGCGUCCGUCGUGGCUGCUUGGAAGGACUUCCUGACGAAGAGAUGUCCUGGACUCCGGGUGGUUUAUUUCACAUCGUGCCCGGGGUACAAUCUAACCGGUGGUAGCAGUGACAAGGGCGGCCUCCAAGUGAGGAGACGCAAGGGUCGCCAGCGGAUGUGCGCUGAAGGAGCCACGAAAAUACUAGAAGCCUGUAAAGAUAUUGUGAACGAUGAAGUCGAUCUGACGUCAUGGGAUAAAAAAAUUAAAGAAGAAACGGACUUUGAGUUCGAUGAAGACGAGGAAACGGAAGUUGGUGAGACGAUUUUGGAAAAGUCCGAUACGACGUUUUAUACUCACGAGAGAUACAAAAACGGUAUUCUGACGAUUGGAUGCGUCGGCCAACCGAAUGUCGGCAAGUCGUCACUGAUGAACGCGAUAAUGGGGAAGAAAGUUGUGUCCGUCUCCAAGACUCCAGGUCACACCAAGCAUUUCCAGACUAUAUUCUUGACACCGCAGGUCCGUCUGUGUGACUGUCCCGGUCUAGUGUUUCCGUCUAAAGUACCACGGUCGAUUCAAAUUCUAAUGGGGUCAUACCCAAUAGCGCAGCUACGGGAGCCGUAUACGACUAUCAGAUAUUUAGCAGAGAGAUUGGAUCUCCCAUCCCUCCUAAGAAUGGACCACCCGGAGAACGACGACACGUGGUCGCCGAGAGACAUCUGUGACGGAUGGGCCAAGAAACGUAGCUACCUGACCGCUAAGUCUGCUAGAUUGGACACGUAUCGCGCUGCGAAUAAUAUAUUGCGAAUGGCGUUAGAUGGGAAAAUAUGUCUCUGGCUCCGACCGCCCAACUUCACAGAGGAAAGGGAUACGUACGAGAACUGCGAUGAAAUAAAGUACGUGAAGUGGGUGCAAGCGUUGACCAAUGAGGAAGCCGUUCCCACCCCGUCGGACUCCGGAAACGAGCGGUCCGGCUCCGAGGAUGGAAGUGACGAAACGGAUGACGACGAUCAAACGGAGAUCGCGAAUAAAUUCGCGGCGCUCGCUAAUGAUGAUUAAAUAAUUAAUAUGUUUACGUAUUUUAUAUAAUGUUCGCUAUAAAUGAAAAUGUAUGUUAAUUGAGCACUUGGUGGUGGGCUUUGUGCAAGCACUGAUGGUACCACCGAACAGUAAUAGUCAGUAUUGUUGUGUUCCGGUUUCUACGGGCAUAAGGGAGAUAACAUCUUAGUAUCAAUUGGUUAAUAUGUCGUACAGCGCUGUCUAUACGGUGGUGAC